GUUGUUUUGAUUGAUAAAUAAGAUGGGUGAGAAGACAAGCUUCCAAUUGGGUGUGGUGGGAGCAUUGUUUCUCUCAGUGGCAUCCUCAGUCUCCAUUGUUAUUUGCAACAAAGCUUUGAUGAGCAAUCUUGGUUUCCCAUUUGCAACAACAUUAACAAGUUGGCAUCUGAUGGUGACAUUUGUUACACUUCAUGUGGCUCUCAAAUUCAAUUUGUUUGAGAACAAACCCAUUGAUAUGAAGACUGUGAUUCUCUUUGGUAUCUUAAAUGGCAUUUCCAUUGGCUUUCUCAAUCUCAGCCUUGGUUUUAAUUCUAUUGGCUUUUACCAGAUGACAAAGUUAGCAAUUAUACCUUUCACUGUACUUUUAGAAACUAUAUUCUUAAAAAAACAAUUCAGCCGAAAUGUGAAAUUCUCUCUAUUAAUUCUGCUGCUCGGAGUGGGUAUUGCCUCCAUUACCGAUCUUCAGCUCAAUUUUGUUGGCACAAUCCUCUCUCUACUAGCCAUUAUUACAACUUGUAUCGGACAAAUUCUCACAAAUACAAUUCAAAAGAGGCUCAACAUUUCAUCUACACAAUUAUUGUACCAAUCAGCCCCUUUCCAAGCAGGUAUUCUAUUUGUGACAGGGCCUUUGGUGGAUCAAUUCCUUACCAACAAGAAUGUUUUUGCUCACAAAUACUCCAAUGUUGUAUUGGGCUUCAUAUUGUUGUCGUGCUUGAUUGCUGUGUCAGUGAAUUUCAGCACAUUUUUAGUGAUUGGGAAGACAUCACCAGUGACAUACCAAGUGUUAGGUCACUUAAAAACAUGCCUUGUUCUAGGAUUUGGCUAUACACUGCUGCAUGAUCCCUUCACAUUAAGAAACAUUGUUGGUAUACUUGUUGCCAUUGUUGGCAUGGGAUUGUAUUCCUAUUUUUGCACACAUGAAACUAAAAAGAAACAGCCUGGAGAUCAUUCUUCCAUUUCUCAAGGUAAAGAGAAAGAUACUAGUACCCCACUUCUGGGUGGGAAGGAUGGUUAUCAAGAUAAGGAAAAUCAUGAAUCUAAGAAGUUAUCCAAGGACUCACUUGUUUAAAUUUUAGAGUUGAAAUGAGG